UUGGGUCUGGAACUGGGGGAGGGCAGCCCUACUCCCAGAGCCAGCUUCUCAGUGAGGUCAAACACCCGAGACAAUUAACCAAUGGAGUGUACAUAAUAAACCUUCCUUUCCUUUCAGAUGAUCUCAAAAGCCCCAUUCACUUAGAGAACGGUCCCGUGCUCUUGACACCAGAGUCGUCCAGAGCUUGUGCCUCGAGGGCGGGGUCGCCUGGUGCUUCAGUUGGAAUUCCUUUCUGCUGCAGCCGGCGACCAGAAAUGAAAAGGAGAAGGCGAAGGAGUGGGCGGCUGCAGGAGGCAGGGCCGCCGCGAGGUCCCGGACCCUGCAGGCUGCAGUGUGGGGUCCCUUUUGCCGUCUUUCCUGUGGUUGAUGCUUCUGCCUGGAGCUGCCGGUCAAGCGCAGGUGAACAGCUGAGAUAUCACACUGCAGGCAUUCGAAGCUGGCUGUACGCUAUUUCAUCAACCUCGGAGAGGAGCAAAAAGGCUUGCUUUGCAGAUCCUCGGGUUAGCGGUGAACUCGACAGGCCGUGAGAAUCCUGCACUAACUGUUCUCUGCUCAGCGGCAGGAUGUGCGGCGGGUUCCUGAGGCAGCUGUUGGCUAAGGAGAGCCAGCAUUCCACCCCCGUGGGGCGCUUCGUGCUUCCGGUGCUCGUGGGAUUCCGGCUCCUGAUUCUGGUUUCCAGUGGACCUGGGGUCUUUGGUGACGAUGAGAACGAAUUCAUGUGUCAUUUAGGGCAGCCAGGCUGCAAGACCGUUUGUUACGAUGUCUUCCGCCCUCUGUCUCCUUUGCGCUUCUGGGCCUUCCAAGUCCUCCUGAUGGCUGUACCCAGUGCCAUUUAUGUAGGGUUCACUCUGUAUCACGUGAUUGGACACUGGGAGGAGCCAGGAAAGGAGAACAAGGAGCAAGAGAUCCGGAUUUGCAAGGGGGGUCGUCGCAAGGAUGUCUCAGGGGCGGGAAGCCUCACGCUCCUCUGGGCCUAUCUGGCACAGCUUGGGGCGCGGCUGGUCCUUGAGGGAGCAGCCCUGGGAGUUCAGUACCACCUGUAUGGCUUCAAGAUGCCCAGCACUUUUACGUGUCGCGAGGAUCCUUGCAUCGGCAGCACGACCUGUUUCCAGUCGCAUCCCUCUGAGAAGACCAUCCUCCUCAACAGCAUGUUUGGGGUCAGCGGGGCCUGCCUCGUGUUUACUUUCUUGGAGCUUGUGCUUUUGGGUUUAGGGAGGCUUUGGAGGGUGUACAGGCACAAACUCCCCUUCAUAAAGCAUUUGCCAACCUCAGAGAGCUCCGUAAGAGGCAAGGACACAGCUGAUGACUUGUCCGUGGUCGAGACAAAAGAGCCAUUUUGAGAAGCAGGGUUAUAAAGCUCCCCGCCUUGUCUGUGAGCGGAUCUUCAACACACCCAGUGAGGUGGCAGGUGAGGUGAGAUGCUACUGUGGGCAAAGGAGCUUGCCACCAAGGCUCGCCAUCUGAGAUCCAUCUCCAGAACCCACACAGAGAAGGGGGAAAACCAGCUCCCACAAGUUGUCCUCUGACCUCCACAUACAUGGCAUCACGCACACAUACGACAAUAAUAAGUAAAAUAAUAACAUCUUAGAACACAAAACAAAACCUCCCGCAUCAAUUAACUGUCACUUCUAACUUUUUACCUCUCCUGUCUCUCUACGAAACACAAGCAAACACCAACCCAUGUUCUGUUUCCGUGGAUUAUCCUACUCUGAGGUUUUUAUAGAGGUGGAAUCAUACAACAGGCCCACUGGUCACUUAUUCCAUGUCUUUGUAGAAAAGACCCAGUCCUGUGCCAGUAAAAACCAGGUCACUUAUUUUUUGGCAUUGUAACAACUCUUUAUGUGUUAUGAUUGUUAGGUACUUAUCAAAUGAGUAAUUUAAAAUAUUCUCUUGCUGCAUAGAUUUUGCUCUUCUUUUCUCUCGGAGUACUAUGUCUUUCUCAUAGCUCAUCCUUUGGUCAUUCAUACAUGUACACAUGCAUUUUGGCCAUGUCUGCCCCAUAGCCCUGUCUAACUCAUCUUCGGUCUCCUGUCAUGCCCCUCUCCAGAUUUAAUGUCAUCUUCUUUUCUCUAUAAUCCACUGAGCACAACACCAGGGCUACUCAAAUGUGCACGUGUGUGAAACCAUCUGCCGGAACAUGGUCAACCCACUUCUCCGUCCCCCAGCACGGAUCAGCUGCUAACAGUUCCUCAGCUGUGGGUAGUCCCUCACUCAUCCACGCUGGGAUGUUGAGCGCCUUGAGGUUGUGCAGGCAACCACUGCUUCUGCGAGUUCUUGAGCACCACUUCCUCACCUUGUCUAGAAGACAUGGCAGAUCUCCCAGAGAGCUGCCUCUUUAAAUUAUACUUCUCUGUUUCCCCACCUUCUCCGAAGUUCCCUUGAUCUCUGGGGACAAGGAUGUGACAUAGAUGUCUCAUUUGGGUCUGAGUACUCCACACACAUCUGCUUUCUGCAUUUUGACAGAUUGUGAGCCUGUGUGUUGUCCCCUGCCCACUGUACAGAGAAAUUUCUGUGGUAGGGACUGAGAACUGACCCAAUCUAUCAGUAUAAAGAAGCAUUUAGAAGACAAUUUGAUACUAUGUCAAUUUAGCAAACUGUUAGUAAUUGGCUUUUUUUUUUUUAGGGCCUGUGAGCUCUUCAAGAUGGGUUCUUGGCUAGAUUUGUGGUCCCAGGAAUGAGUCUCCUCUUGAGGGGUGGAUCCUCAGUCUAGUCAAAGCAUUUGGUUAUCCUGUGACAUCUAUUCCACUGUUCCCAUGGGUAUGUCUUGUGAGGCUGACCGUUGUAACUCAUAGGAUUCUUACACGAGGAAGAGUUUUGUUUCUUUAUAUGAGGAAGGCUAGCCAGCAGGGAGAUGGCAGUGUUCUUUGAUGUACAAAAGCUUUCCAUUUUGAUGAAGUCUAAUUACCAGUUUUUCUUUUGUGAUUGUGUUUGUGACUUUGGUGCUACGUUUUAAAGUCCAUUGUUUCACCCAAAACUAUGAAUUUACAGCUGUGUUUCCAUCUAAGAAAUUUAUACUUUUAACUUUUACAUUUAUGUCUCUGAUUUCUUAUGGAGUGGAGAAAAAAAGAUGAAGAUGACAUUACCUUUCCUGUUGGAUACAAUGUAAAAGAGCAGAAUAUUUGAAGUGUAAAAAGGAAAAACAGUCCUCUUACUCCAUAGAACUACAAUCAGCAGAACUAGCUCUCAAGAGUAAAGGCAAAAGAGAGGCCUUUGUGUUGAGGUGAUGGUGUGUGCCUGGUCUUAUUGUAGUUUGUUAUGCACUGUUUGGUCGAUGUCCCUGGGAGGCUGCUCUUUUCUGAGGGAGGUGGAGGUGGGGGAGAUCUGGGGUAGUGGGAGAUGUGGGGGAGAACCUGGGGGAAGAGGAGGAGGAGAAAACUGCUGU